AUGGGUGACACUGGGAAUCGGGGUCCUGGACGCUGUCCGCGGGCCCUCGGCACGGCCCACACGGCGCCCGGCGGCGGCGGCUCUGCAGCCGGCGGUGACCGCGAGGUGGCGGUGCCGGCUCAGACAUCGGCGCCCGGGCGGCGGCUGCGCCCGCGGGACCUGCCGUGUCCGGGGUUCGCCCGCGUGGCCUCCCGGCUCUCCCGUGCCGUGUAUGGUGCGAGGACGUGGCGGCUGGUGGACACGGGGAGCAGGACACGCAGCGGGGGCGCCGGGCCUGGGCCCAGGAGUAGCCGGCAGCCACGGCAGCGGAGGACGGCGCUCUGCCGGGCAGGAGCCGGGGGCACACUCAGCAGGGUCCCCAGCCGCUACUUCACCCACUGUAACCCACUCAGGAGAAGGCGCAGGAGCGGCUCCGGGGCCGGCACCGCGGCCGCCGGAGCCUCGAGGGCAGGAGAGCGGGACGAGGGCGCAGUGCCGAGGGGCGUCACCGGGGGCACGGCGGGCGGGCGCCAGAGAUUUCUGCGGCGAGGAGGCUGCGGGCCCGCCUGGCGCCGUGCCCGCGUGGCACUGCACCGGGGGCCGCGCAGGGAGACACUGGUCCCCGCGCGGCCCCCGGGAGGGGAGGAACACGACAGUCAGCAUCCAGGGGAGUCAAGGACGCAGGCAGGACCAGACUUGGCGAGGCGGGCAGGGCGGCGUGAGUGCGAGAGGCGGGGAGAUACGGGCACAGGCAGGGGCGUGGCGCAGCGGCCUGGCGGCGACCGAGCGGGCGAUGAGGCGGCGCUGGCUCCGGAGCCGUGGCCACGGCGGGCCGCGGCGAGGACGGAGCGGAGAUCGGCGUCUCCUCCGCGUUCGAGCGGAGACCAGCCAGGUCUCCGUGGGGGCGGCAGCGUGCCAGCCGGCGUGGCCGGGCGCCAGGAGGCGCAGAGCGACAUGACAUGGUCCGGUGAGACGAGAAGAGGGCGGAGCGCCCGGCCGCCCAGAACACCGUGGCCCGCGCCCACCGGGGACCGCAGCGCCCAGCUGGUCUCUGUCCUUUGCUUUCCGGAAGGAGCCCACACACAACUCCCUUCGGGACCUCAGAACCCUCCAGAUGACAAGAAAUGGUGCUACCCAGCUCACGCCUGGGCCUCGGACCCCGGACUUCUUCAAGUCCCUCUAGCUCUGACUCGAGAAUAUGCUGCACUUGGAACCACUACACACCCCGUCUCAGGAACCAGCUCCGAAGGUUAAGCCAAAGGACUCAGAUCGGCGACACCAGCACCACCGGAAGCGAGCAGCCCCCGCGGCAGCACGGCCCCCACGGCCAUCCCACCAUCUCGGCCGCGCCCCAGCCCGGGCUGGAGACCACCCCAGCCGCCCGCCACCAGCACCCCCCUCUCUUCUUUCUUCCGACUUUCCUGUCUCUGUUUUCUCCUUCUUUCUUUCUCUCUGUCCUGGCUCAGCAGCCCAGCACCGGGACUCCGCGUCCCCCAAACCCCUGAUUAAUUUGCACUAUGAGUCGUUUGCACUGGUUUGGGGUCCCGGGACCGCCUGAGCCUCUGAGCGUGUGCGUGAGCGUGUGCGUGAGCGUGUGCGUGACCACUGCCGAGUGUGCCGGCCCCCUCGGGCCGGGCCGCCCCAGCCCCCGCCCUCCGUCACUGGGGGCGCUGGGCGCGGCCGAGUGCGUGGGGCCCUGCCCCCCCUCGCCCAGUCUGGAGGCUCCGCCCACAGGAGCCCCUCUUGCCUGUGUCCCUCCUCACCGGCUUCACCAGAAGCCGGGCUUCAUCAAUAAAUCCGUUACAGCA